CUCUCGCUGGGCGGGGCCGCUGAAAAGACAGGCAGCUGUUUGGCCUGCGGCCGGAGCCGAGGAAACGACGUGGGCCGACCAGAAGUAUCUUGAGCGGCUGGGCGCGCUGCCCUGUGGCGCGUCGCGAAGAUUUUGCUUGUUUGCUGAUGGAAAUGAUCCAGAAGAGAAGGAGACAUUGAUGAUGCAAGAGAGAAGAGCUUGAAUGGCAAUGAGAACAAUGAGAGGGUCACCAUACUGGAGAUCUGUGGCUUUAGAACAUGGCCCCCAAUUCCUUGACACUCCUCCUACUGAGAGGCCCCCCCAGGACAUAAGCCUGGAAGAAUUUGACGAUGAGGACCUGUCUGAGAUCACCGAUGACUGUGGCCUGGGCCUCAGCUAUGACUCGGACCACUGCGAGAAGGACAGUCUCUCCCUGGGACGUUCGGAGCAGCCGCACCCCAUCUGCUCCUUCCAGGAUGACUUCCAGGAGUUUGAGAUGAUCGAUGACAAUGAAGAGGAGGAGGAGGAAGAAGAGGAGGAGGAGGAGGAAGAAGAGGAGGAAGGAGAAGGGGAGGGCAAGGAGGGAGGAGGCCCUGGCUUAGAGGCCCCUGCCCCAGAGGAGGCCCUGAUCCCCUCCCCCUCCAUGGAGGAGCCCCACAAGAAUCGGCCCACCACGCUCCACCUGACUACACUGGGAGCCCAGGACUCCCUGAACAACAAUGGAGGCUUUGCCCCAGCGCCUCCAGCUUCCUGGCAGGAAACAGUCCUGUGCUCACCUCCCCAGGAGCCCCUCAGAGAGUCACCCGCCCCCCUCCAGCCCACAGACGCGAGCCCCUGCAGGCCACAGUCGCCUGUGCGCCCAGGCUGCGAUUGCGAAGGGAACCGGCCGGCGGGCCCCCCCGCGCCCUGUGGGGCCUCUCCCUCGUCAGAUCCUGGCAUCGAGGCCGACCUGGGCAGCCGCUCCAGCGGGGGCCGCGGAGGCCGGCGCAGCAGCCAGGAGCUGUCGUCGCCAGGCUCCGACUCGGAGGACGCUGGGGCCGCGCGCCUGGGGCGCAUGAUUUCCUCCAUCUCCGAGACGGAGCUGGAGCUGAGCAGCGACGGCGGCAGUAGCAGCAGCGGCCGCUCCUCGCACCUCACCAACUCCAUCGAGGAGGCCUCGUCGCCUGCCUCCGAGCCCGAGCCCGAGCCCGAGGCCCCGUGCGAGCCCCCGCGCCGCCCCGCCUUCCUGCCGGUGGGCCACGACGACACCAACAGCGAGUACGAGUCAGGGUCCGAGUCCGAGCCGGACCUCAGCGAGGACGCCGACUCGCCCUGGCUGCUCAGCAACCUCGUGAGCCGCAUGAUCUCCGAGGGCUCCUCGCCCAUCCGCUGCCCUGGCCAGUGUCUGUCCCCCGCGUCGCGUCCCUCGGGGGAGCCCGUGUCGCCGGCUGGCGGGGCCACACAGGCCCCUGAGGCGGCUGCGGGGCCGGGCGGCGUGGAGCUGGUGGACAUAGAGACGCUGUGCGGGCCGCCGCCGCCCGUGCCCUCCGCACCCCGGCCUGGCCCUGCGCAGCCCGGGCCCUGCCUCUUCCUCAGCAACCCCACACGCGACACGAUCACGCCGCUGUGGGCCGCUCCGGGCCGCGGCGCCCGUCCCGGCCGCGCCUGCUCCGCCGCCUGCUCGGAGGAGGAGGAGGACGACGAGGAGGAAGAGGAAGAGGAUGACACUGAAGACAAGGCGGGGCCCCCUGGGGGCCGGAGCGCGCGCCCCGCCGCGCCGCUGGACGCCUCGCUGGUGUACGAUGCGGUCAAGUACACGCUGGUGGUGGACGAGCACACGCAGCUAGAGCUGGUGAGCCUUCGGCGCUGCGCUGGCCUCGGGGAGGCCAGCGAGGAGGACAGCGGCGGGGAGGCCAGCGAGGAGGACAGCGGCGGGGAGGCCAGCGAGGAAGAGACAGCGGCUGCACUUCUGAGUGGCGGUCAGGGCCCGGAGGACGCCUCCCCAGACAGCCCUGACCUCACCUUCUCCAAGAAGUUCCUCAAUGUCUUUGUCAACAGCACAUCUCGUUCUUCCAGCACCGAGUCCUUUGGCCUUUUUUCCUGCUUGGUCAACGGGGAGGAGCGAGAGCAAACCCAUCGGGCCGUCUUCAGGUUCAUCCCCCGCCAUCCGGACGAACUGGAGCUGGAUGUGGAUGACCCGGUGCUGGUGGAGGCCGAGGAGGACGACUUCUGGUUCCGUGGCUUCAACAUGCGCACAGGGGAGCGUGGGGUCUUCCCUGCCUUCUACGCCCACGCGGUGCCCGGCCCUGCCAAGGACCUGCUGGGGAGCAAGCGGAGUCCCUGCUGGGUGGAGCGCUUCGACGUGCAGUUCCUGGGCUCCGUAGAGGUGCCCUGUCACCAGGGCAAUGGCAUCCUGUGUGCAGCCAUGCAGAAGAUUGCUACUGCUCGGAAGCUGACGGUCCACCUGCGUCCUCCUGCCUCCUGUGACCUUGAGAUUUCCCUUCGGGGGGUCAAGCUGAGUCUCAGCGGAGGACCCGAGUUCCAGCAUUGCAGCCACUUCUUCCAGAUGAAGAACAUCUCCUUCUGUGGCUGCCAUCCCCGCAACAGCUGCUAUUUCGGCUUCAUCACCAAACACCCUCUGCUGAGCCGUUUUGCCUGCCACGUCUUUGUGUCCCAGGAGUCCAUGAGGCCCGUGGCCCAGAGUGUGGGCCGCGCCUUCCUGGAGUACUACCAGGAGCACCUGGAGUACGCCUGCCCCACAGAGGACAUCUACCUGGAGUAGCCGCCACCGGCCUCCUGCCGCGGGUGCAGCCGGGGCUGGGCGUGUCUCCAGAAGCCGCUGCGGCUUUGGCAAGAACCGGAUCGGGGGCGCGCGGGAACCGACGUCCGGGGGGUUUCCUCCGUGCUCCCCAGGGGCCUCGGGAGAGAGGAGUCCGCACCUCUCCGCUUUCCCUCCGAUCCGUUCUUUCUCUCUGUGUCGCCCUCAUUGCCCCUUGACCUCCUCCUAUCUCCUUGUUCCUGUCUCUGCCCCUCUCUGUGCCUGCAAACUCUCACCCUCUGCUCUUUACUUGGGGUCAGAACUGGGAGGGUUGUAGAGGAAGGAGAGGCUCUAGGUGGCCAGUGGCACCAAGCUCCCAGGUGAUCCCCUCCGGCCCCCCCCCCUGUGAUUUAUAAAGGAAUUUUAAUUUUUAUAGUGAAUCUCAAGGGAUUAUCCCAUCCUUGACCACAGGGACAAAGAGAGGGACCCCCAUACUGCCCUCCGUGGAGCUCAGGGGGAAGCAGGGAGGGGCUCCCCAGAAGGGGCUUGGGGGAGAUUAGGAGUAGCUCUGGAUGCUUGCCCCGAGCCCCCAGACGCUAGGAGGAGGGCGCCCGCCCUGGCCCUGGUCGCACCAGCGUCCGCUUCGCCGCUGCACACACUCCCCGCAGUCUAGCGCCUCAAUAAACUCUCUGCUUGGUGUGA